AUAGCGUAAGAGAGUGGCGUACGGCUGUGCGCGAGCGCAACUCUUGGUUCAGUACGAGUAACAAAGCAAUGUCCUCAGUCUGCAACAGUGGGCCGUGUAGUGCAGAUCUCCGCAUUCACUAAACUCAGUGCCCAUGACAACGAUAGUGUGACAGAAUCAGCCUUCAACCAGUGAUUAUACUUCUAUACUUAAGUUCAUGCUAACAUGAACACCAUGGAAGUGCAGGAGCGAAACGCGAAGCCCCCAAUACAACAAGAUUUGAUUCAGAAGGUCAUUGGAUCGUUCGGAAAAUAUCAUCUUUGGCUAUGUCUCUUGAUAUUUUUAACGAAGUUCCCAGUGGCUUUCCACCAAAUGGCCAUUUUGUUUUUGUCACCAAAGGUGUCAUAUAGCUGUGGCGAUUCAGAACUCAAUAAUACAUGCCCGUGUCCUGACCCAGUCUACGACACUUCAAUAUUCUCGAGUACUAUCAUUACAGAAUGGGAUUUGAUCUGUGAUAGAAAAUGGCUCACCAGCUUUACGCAGACAAUAUUUCAAUUAGGAACAUUAUUGGGCAGUGUUUUCUUUGGAAUGGCAUCAGACAGGUUUGGAAGAAAAUGUCCUCUUCUAGUAGCUGUAGUGAUGCAAAUAGCGUGUGGUGUAGGGGCUGCGUUUGCUCCAGAUUAUUGGUCAUUCACCUUUUUACGAUUUGUCAUCGGGAUGUCAGUGGGAGGCACUAUGGUCACUGGAUUUGUCAUCGUUAUGGAGUUCGUGGGAACACAGUACAGAGAUCUCAUCUCAGCUCUUUACCAAGUGCCAUUUAAUUUGGGCCAUAUGUCAUUGCCACUUUUCGCAUAUUUCUUCAGAGAUUAUUCUGAUUUUCAAUUAUCAAUUUCUGCACCGGUAGUAAUUCUGCUAUCAUAUUUCUUCCUCAUACCGGAAACGCCAAGAUGGCUGAUAGCAGUGAAACGUACAGACGAAGCUAUUGAAGUAUUGGAACGAGUUGCUAAAGUAAACAACCGCCCUACGGAUAACAUUAGAGCAGAUAUCGAGGCAUACCAGGCAUCUUUAGAGAAACACCAACUGAGGAAAGGAAACUUUUUGGAUCUCUUCAGAACUCCGAAUCUUAGAAAGAACAUUAUAGCCAUGGCAUUUAACUGGUUGGCCUGCAGUUACUGUUUCUAUGGUGUUUCACAGUAUGUGGGUCAGCUAAGUGGCAACGUUUUCAUAAACGUAGCGUGCAGUGCAAGUGUCACUUUACUCGGCACGUUCUUAGCCAUACCUUUGAUGAAAGUUAUGGGGAGAAAAACGAUCGUAAUUACAUUCCAUAUUAUUUGUGCAGUCUGUUUAUUAAUAUUGGCGGUGAUACCAGAAGGAGUGGGCUCAGUAAUUAGUGCCAGUAUAGGGGUAGUUGCCAGUUUUAUUGUAUUUUUGGUUGUAUAUCUAUAUUGUACCGAGAUGUUUCCAACUGUUGUUAGAAAUGCUGCUCUUGGUUUUUCCUCGAUGGCAGCUCGGAUUGGUUCUAUGGUAGCACCCUUUGUGAUAGGAAUGAGAGAUACAGCGUUGUGGAUGCCCCCAGUGGCGUUUGCUAUUCUGCCACUGUUAGCAGCCUUUAUAACUAUUUGUCUACCAGAGACUAAAGGUUGUGAACUGACAACUACUAUAGAAGAGGGUGAAGCGUUUGGAAAAAAAACGAAACCUCUAAAACAAUAGACUUAAAUGUACAUUAAGAACAAGUAGAGUAAAGUAUUUUAUGUAAAUAGUUAAUGCGUGUGUAGUUUAUAAGUAAACAAUUUUGUAAAUAUAAUUGGAAAUAAACAGUCGGUGACUGAAUCAGUAUGUAUAAAAACAGUGAGUAAUAUUCUUAUAAGCAAAACUUUGUUAUUUAUAGAAUGGGUCCUAUAAAAUAAGGAUAUUAGAACUAUUGAAAUUACAUUUUCUGUCGACACUAUUUUUAUACAUGUGGUAGAAAAUGUUAUAAGGAACUUCCUAUUUAAUUGUAAUUCCAAUAAAUAUCCAGAAUCGCUGCACAGAUUUUCAUGAUGGUCUCACGAUUUAUGAAUAGAAGAGUGAGUAUAAUAAACUAUAGGUUAACAUCGGACAAAUCACACAACAAAAGAAUUUCUUUAUUUCCGUGGGGAAAAUCCUAUGGAAAAUAUUAACGUUCCCAUAUAUUUUGUUUAUGUGAUAAUAUCGGUGACGCAAAUUUUACCAAGACCAUUCCCAAGAAUCAUUAUUAUUUGUUACCAGAGCAAACUGCUCUUGUUUAAUAUUUUCUCUGGUACUUAGUACCUACACUGUGAUACGACAUUCCAACAUAAUUUAUAUAAUUAUUAUUAUUCAUUCUUUUCAAAUGAAGUCACCGCGAAUCUAAUGGAAAAAUAUAAGUUAUUUAUUAU